UUGAUUGUGGAUUGACAGCACCUGUUCCAGUGUAUAAAAACAGCCAUGUUCCAUCAACAGACCAUCCUCUCGUUAUUCACGGUUGACAUCUGACUUCAGAAUGGCUGCAAAGAAAGUGUUGAUCGUGUACGCCCACCAGAGUUCUGGCUCAUUCAAUGCUGCAGCCAAAGAUGCUGCUGUGGAAGUGUUAAAAGCUAAGGACUAUGCUGUCGAAGUAUCGGACCUGUAUGCCAUGAAGUUUAAAGCCACUGCUACUGCAGAGGACAUCACUGGGGAUGUUAAGAAUGCUGAUCACUUCUGUUAUGCGGAGGAAACCAAACUGGCAUGGGAAGCAGGAAAACUCUCUGCUGAUAUCACUGAAGAACAACGGAAACUCAAAGAGGCAGACCUCGUCAUCUUGCAGUUUCCCAUGUACUGGUUCACCCUUCCUGCCAUCAUGAAGGGCUGGAUUGACCGGGUGCUCACACUGGGAUUUGCUUUCUCAAACGAGAAGCGAUACAGCCAGGGGAUCUUUAAGGACAAGAAAGCCAUGCUGUCCUUUACCACUGGGUCUCAGGAGUCCAUGUUCAGUGCAAAUGGCGUUAAUGGAGACAUGAAUGUCACAUUGUGGCCACUGCAGCAUGGCAUCCUGCACUACUGUGGCUUCCAGGUUCUGGCCCCUCAGAUCUUCUGGGCUCCAUCUCAUGUUACUUCCGAGGUGCGCGGCACCAUGCUGGAGAACUGGCGUAAAAGACUGGACGGCGUCAUGGGAGAAGAACCGCUUUCCUUCACUCCUCUGGACUGCUUUGAUGGAGAGAAGGGUUUCCAGCUGAAGCCUGAGGUCUGUGAAAAACAUGCCACCAAGGAGUUUGGCUUGACAGUGGGAAUCCACCUGGGCAAGCCGCUACCUCCAAACAACCAGAUGAAAGCUGGAGUCUAAAGACAGGAGGCACUCAUUGAGUGUCAGGCCUGUCUUUUAUUGUAUGAUGAAUAAAAGCUGACUUAAAAAUUA